AGUCAGUACUUGACGAGACGUCGCUGUGAACACGUGACUCGUGUUGUUAUCAUGAUCUCGAACACGUUAGCCUCUCACGUUGGCUUUUGUGCGUGAUACGAGAAACUUUUCUUCGGCUUUUCUUUUUUCCCGGGUGAGAACAUCUUGAAACGUCCGGUGAAACUUUUUUGGGGAAUCGAGCCCACGUGUUGCGUGGUACCGGUGACUACAGCUUUGCAACUUGAGAACCUUCAGCCAAAUAAGGACUAAGAAUGCUCGGCGUUCUCUUGGUGGCAAGCAGUCUCUGGUGUGUCAGCGCUCUUGAUAUAAAAGAGUGUGAUGGUGACCUGGGAAUGGAGACUGGGGAAAUCCCAGAUAAUGCAGUCACAGCCAGCUCUUCUUAUGUUCCAAACGUUGGACCACAAAAUGGAAGAUUGAAACUGGAGAGAGCUGGGGGAGGAUGGUGCCCGAAGCAGCAGGUUGAGCAAGGCGUGAGGGAGUACCUGCAGGUGGAGCUGGGUGACGUGCACCUGGUGACCGGAGUGCAGACCCAGGGUCGCUACGACCACGGCCGGGGUCAGGAGUACACCGAGGAGUACACCGUCGAAUACUGGCGACCCGGUCUUCCUGACUGGAAGCAGUACACAAGAUGGGAUGGCAAACAGAUUCUGAGAGGAAAUACAGAUACAGCGACAGUGGUGAGUCAUCGUCUGAUGCCACCAGUUUUUGCCAGCCAGGUCAGGAUUCUUCCCUACAGUGUACACAGGAGGACCAUUUGUCUCAGGCUCGAAUUGCAGGGCUGCUUAACACAUGAUGGAGUAGUGAGCUACACGAUACCUCAAGACCCGACCUGGGGACCUGGACAUGACCUGGCCGACCUAUCCUACGAUGGAGAUGCCAAACAAGGUCUUCUUUUUGGAGGUCUCGGUCGUCUAGUGGAUGGAGCCUACGGCGGCGAUAAUUUCAAGCUCGACAUCGGCUAUGGAAAAGGAAACGGUUGGGUUGGCUGGCGCAGAAAUUUCUCUCCCAAAGGAUACAUCGAACUAGUUUUCGAGUUUGACACCGUCAGAAAUUUCAGUGCUGUCAAUUUGUUCACCAAUAACUACUUCAGUAAGGGCGCUCAGGUAUUCGCGAAAGCACGUAUCCAAUUCAGCAACACGGGAGAGGCGUACAAUGGCCGAGUGGUGUCCUAUCACUACAUGCCAGACGAGGUGCUCGAGAAUGCCAGAAACGUCACCAUUCAACUACACAACAGCGUCGGCAAGUUUGUUCGCAUCCGGCUCUUCUUCGCUUCUGAUUGGUUGCUACUCAGUGAAGUCACUUUUGACUCAGAUGUCCUAUCUUCGAACUACACCGCUGAGUUAAUGGUAGAAGAAGAGCAAGAUGAGGAGAUCAUAAUGCAUUCAGUUGACCCCACCUGGGAUACUUUCGAAACUAUCGCAGCUCCACGAGAUAACCAAGGGUACGCAGAAAUUAUUAUUGGAGUACUUAUGGCAGUGAUGCUCUUACUACUUGGAGUUUUCAUCAUUAUUCUGUUCCUAAGUCGGAGGCAGAAACUACAGGGUUCUCCAACCACUAUACUCAAGAAUCCAUUCUCAGUAACAAUCAAUAUGAAGGACUUACUGAUGAAUCUGACGCCGAUGAAUAACGUGGGCUUGAUGCCAGUGAGCGGGCAGCCGACGCCCUGCAGUCAAGAUCCUGUAAGUGAUCGCAGCUUCCACCAGAAUCCUCCAGACAACUCAAAUGAAGACAAACAAGUUACUCUUGAAGACCCACCAUCAGACGCCGACUCAAAAACGUUGCCAAAGGAGAGUUCCAUAAAGGACAGCAGCGGAAGUGAGAGAAGCAGCUACACGUCAUCGCACUUCCGCAACGCACAAAGCAACGGAUCCCUGCUGACAUGGAGGGUACACCCGGUCACUAGUGACUCCCCCAUCCAAUCGCAUCAUUACAACGUGCUGUCGGCAGAGGACGGUGCAUCAGUGCAGUUGGAGCGUGAUAAAGACAGCGCGAGUACGAGGGAGAACUCUGGUAGUGAACGGGGCAGCAUGUCUUCCCUGCAGAUCCGCAGCCUGCAGCAGUCACCGUUGACUCCUACGCGGCUGCACACGAUUGCCACAGACUCAAAACGCAAGAGGUACCACACUGAGACCGAGGAUAGUGACAGUGAUGUACACGGCUACUCCACACUGCACAUGCGCAGUCUGCAGAGCAACCCGCUGCACUCAUCGUCGCAAAGGAUUCAUUCGGAUCCUCCCACAAGGAAACGGUGUCAUACGGCGCCCAGAGAACAGCUCAGGGUGGCCCCUCCAGCAGUGCUGUGGAAUAUAGCACCAAGCAUGGGUCAACCAUACAAAAGCAGAGAAGGAGAACUCACACCCAUUCCUCGCUACUGCCUGCAUGUGGUCAAUAAAAUAGGCUCAUGUCAUCUGGGUGAGGCACAGGUGUGUGACGUGGAAGGGGACGUGCUCCAGGGUGUUGAGGGGGAGCGCGUGUGUGUGCGCAGCAUGCGAGGCAACUGUGUGCGCGAACUGCGGCUGCUGUGCGGCCUCAACGACCCGAACAUAGUGCGCACACUGGGCGUGUGCACGGCCGAACAGCCGCCCUGGGCCGUCUUCGAGUUCCCCGCCGAUCUCGGCGAUCUUGUGCAGCUGCUCAAUUCUCAACACUCGUUAACGACUAGUUCUUUGAUGAGUAUGGCUUCUCAAGUGGCUUCAGGAAUGAAGUAUUUAGAGUCUAAAAAUUUAGUACACAAGGAUUUAGCUGCAAGGAAUUGUUUAGUGGGAAGAAAUCUAGAUGUAAAAAUAGCCGACAUAGCAAUGUGUAAUUCGAAAUAUAAGGACGACUAUAGUGAGAUCGGUGGAAGGCCAUCUGCACCAAUAAGAUGGCUUCCCUGGGAGAGCAUUCUAUUGGACCGAUAUACAUGCGCAAGCAGUGUGUGGGCAUUCGGUGUGACAGUAUGGGAGAUUUUGAGCCUAGCAAGACAGAAGCCAUUCCCACAUAUGACCAAUGAUCAAGUCAUACAAAAUGCUGAAAAUCUGUACUACGGUGGUGAACUACAGGUUCUACUAUCAAAACCGAGUCUCUGCUCUCCCGAUGUAUAUGAGCUUGUUUGUGCCUGCUGGAGGAGAGAUCAGAGCCAGAGACCCACCUUCAAAGAAAUUUGCCUUUUCCUAAAACAGAAAACGUUCACAACUGCCGACGAAAUUCCGCAAUACGCAUCAUGUAGAGUGAGAUAAGUGACUGGAUGUGAUAUAAUACACAAUAAGAAUAUUGAAGUGAUCAAAGACGUGGAUAGACCAAGGCCCUCCUUGCUGUUUUCCUGCCACCUGGAGCUUACAAUAAUAUUUAUUAAGGAGCUGCCUCAAACUCUUUAUUCCCUAGUUCGACUCAAAUUUUCAAAUUUGCAUUCGUGAUUUAUCCUUAUUCGAGUAGAAGUAUUAAUUAUUUGUAUAUCAAAUCGAUGAAAUAGUUUUUUGAAUAAGCAAUAAGCCUAGAAGUAAUAUUUUAAUGGCUUGUGGAAGUGUAGAAUUAUGUAAAUAGUAAUCUUUGAACAAAAUGUAAAUAGAUAUAUUAGAGGCCCUGCAUUAUAAAUCAUGUACAAAUUCAAAGUCUUUUACCAAAGUUAUAAUGCUAACAAAUAUUUAAAUCACACUGGAAUAGGUGUACGAAUCAUCCAAUAUUCAGAGCAAUAGCCUAUUAGAUUAUUGUAGAUCAUGACCCACAAUUAUUGAAAGUAGCUUUUGAAUCUUACUUGAAAUUAACAUCAUAUAUUUCCUCAUUUAGUUCGUAAUAUUACAUGAUAGAAGAAUAGAUUCUUUACAAAUUAUAUUGUAGAUAACGGUUGUAUGCAUACAGUAUAUACUUAAUUCCCUCAAGACUGUAUUAAACUACUAUUUCAACUACCUCUUCUCCAAAAUUUAGACUUAGAGCGAUAGAAAAUGUAAUUAGUAGUCUGAAAACAAAGAAGAUUUAUUUAAAAUGAUUCAAAUAAUUAAUAUUUUGAUAGAUUCAAUGAAUUAAAACUGUUCGUUGAAUACCGAUUGAUAUUGUGGAACUUCUCCAUGAUUGAAAAGCACUGAUUUUGUUAGUAGAGCUUUUCACUGUCAACAGUAUUCUUCAAUAUCAUUACUGUACUGAUUUGAAACCUCGAUCUCUGUUUCCUAAUAAUAUAUUCUAUUAGUCAUAAUUAUUUUUAUUGAUAUUUUUACUUUAUAUUGAUCACCUAUUAGCUUUCGGGAAAAUUAUUUUAUUUUGUUAAUUAUUGCUAUUUUUCUUAUUACUGUAUGUGGAACAAAAUAAGGGAAGAUUCAUUCAAAGACAAAAUUUGAUGAUGUCUUGAAGACAAAUUUAGGAUGUGUAAUGUGUAGCAUACUGAUUGGAAUUCAUUAAUAUGAAUGAAUAAGCAAUAAUAAUAUUACUGAAUUCGGAUCAAAUUGCACAAUUUCUAUCUACGUUAGAGAUUCACUCUAUCACUCAUAUUCUGUAUAACCAAAAAACAUUUAGUACUUUCAAGAAAUCAAUAUUGUAGGUUUUGUCGAUUCAUACAUUAGACAAUUUUUAAUGAAAUUAAAUUAAUUAAUUAAAUAGCACGUGUUUAGCUUUGUUUUCUACUGAUUUGCAGUUAAUUUUUACAUGUUAAUACUGUAUAUAUACUUGUUCCCUUUAUGUGUACUGUACACUAUUCCCGAAAAUUUACUCAAAUCGAUCAAACUCUUAGGUUAUCAACUCUUCAAGAUGUAAAUUCUUUUGUAAUUUGUAAAUAGAAUAUUAAUUUAUUCAGAGCAUUGUUAUGUAAAUUGUAGAGAAUCGAUAAAAGUGUCUUUGAAAAGAAAAGCAAUCAGGUAUCGUACCAUAUUGUAAAUAAUAAAGACAAUAGAUUAUUUAUAUAGUAAGGGAUAUUGCUAAGUGAGACUGGACCAAGUUACUUGAUAAAAUUAUGUUGUUCAGGAGUAAAGGUACCGUGUUAUGAUUAAUAAUUAUAUUAUAGUGAUUUUGAAUCUUC